AUGGCUAGUUAUUUAUCAAAUAGCGAAAUGGCCAAUAGCUACUGUUCGACUAAUACAGGAAUUGAUGAAGAGCGGCUGCAGGAAAAUUUGAAAGUGGAAGACGGUAAUGCUUCAGAGCAUUUGUCAAUUGAGCGAUCCGCCAGUACACCUAGCGAUGAAGCGCAGAAUUCAAGGGAAAACGACGAGAAACGCCGGUUCGAAGUGACGCUUGAGCCCGAUGAUCCUGAGAACGUAAUGGAACGAUUUUCGCUUGUUUACAAGGCCUACGUGACGGUUGUGGUGACCCUGACCACGAUCAUCAUCACCAUCACGUCUUCGUGCUGGACGCUGGCUUCGCCGCACAUCAUUGAUCAUUUCCAUAUCUCGCGAGAGGUAAGUAUUCUUGGCAUCUCGCUGUACAUUUUCGGAAUGGCGGUGGGUCCUCUGUUGUUUUCGCCACUGAGCGAAUUGUACGGGCGGAAAAUCACAUUCAUUUGCUCGCUGAUGCUGAGCGUCUGUUUCCAAAUCCUGACCAUCUUCAGUCCCAAUAUCGGCGGCAUGUUAGUCGGCAGGUGCUUGUCUGGGUUUUUCGGUAGUCCAUUCCUGAGCGUGGCUGGCGGUGUGGUGAGCGACCUUUACAAUAAGGCUCAGAUCGGUAUCCCCAUGGCUCUUUAUACCACCGCGCCAUUUGUUGGACCUGCAAUUGGUCCCUUGAUCAGUGGCGCGCUUUAUGGACACUCAUACCGCUGGACGUUCGGGGUCAUGUGCCUUGCUACAGGCGCGGCUUUGUUGGCUAUAACAGUUUCAGUAAAAGAAACCUACAAGCCGAUUCUUCUGAUUGAAAAAGCGCGUAGACUGCGUUCAGAAACUGGCGAUGAUCGUUACUACGCGCCUUUGGAGCGUUUGCGUCAAGAAACGAGUAUUCCGAGGGCAAUUGCGAUCUCGACCAGCCGGCCAUUCGGACUGCUGACGAAAGAUCCAAUGAUAUUGGUGUUGUGUUUCUACACGGGACUGGUACUGGCUAUAGUGUACAUGUUUUUCGUUGCAUAUCCACUGGUGUUCACAAAGCUGUGGCAUUUUGGUACUAUGGAAGUCGGCCUCAGCUACUGUGGCCAACUGGCGGGCCAAAUUCUUGCUGCUCCGACUGUCUACGUCUUCCAGCAACGAUACGCCGAACGUGUGAAACAAAACAAUGGGGUCAGGGUUGCCGAAUUUAGGUUCGAACCUUUGUUUUAUGGUGCUUUCAUCACCCCGAUUGGGCUAAUGAUCUUUGCCUGGACUUCUUAUAGCCAUGUUCACUGGAUAGGCGCUCUGAUCGGCACAGGGAUAUUUGGCGCAGGUGUAAUGUACGUUUUCAUCGGCGUUCUAGGAUACAUUGUGGACGCCUAUCGAUUGUACGCAGCCUCUGCGGUCGGAUGCAACACGUUUGUGCGGUGCAUUAUGAGCGGUGUUUUUCCUCUGUUCACAGAGCAAAUGUACGAAGGAAUGGGAAUCAACUGGGCUAUAUUUCUCCUUGCAAUGGUCUCAGUCGCCAUGAUACCAAUUCCUUUUCUAUUUACAAAAUACGGACAUGCUUUGAGAGAAAAAAGCCCUUACGCAUGGGACGGAGAGGACUGA